GCUAUUGGUGCUCUUCCUCUACCCUUCUUGAUUGCAUUUGGAAUGCUUUCAUUUUCGUUCAACUGGAAAAAAGCACCUUCUUUACAGUGGACUAAAAUUCUCGGCCUCAUUCUGUAAAUACAAUAAUGCUUUGAAACAAAUAUAUCAAUUGUCACGGAUCGCAAUCACUGUUCCAGGGAGAAUUUCUUUGGCGGAGGACCUCUAUCUAACAUAAGUCGACUUGAAAUUAUACACUCUGUUAUCCAUUUUUCAGCAAUAAUGACAGAGUAUUGGGUGAGCCAAGGGAACAAGUGGUGUGAUCAAUGCAAGAUAUUUAUUUCCAACAAUCCUAUAAGUAUCCGAACUCAUGAACUUGGGCAGCGCCACAAGGACAAUGUUACAAAAAGGCUUUCUGCUAUGCGGAAAGAGAAUAUUGCAAAGGAGAAAGAAAAACAGCAGGCUAUGAAAGAUCUUCAACAAAUUGAAGCUAAAGCUAUGCGGAGCUAUAAGAAAGAUUUAGCAGCUAUAAAAGAGACUAAAGUUACGUCCACAGAAGAAAAAUAUGGGGCUUCAAAAUCUCAGCUGGAUUAUGACAGGAACACAUCACAUGUGUCUGAGCAUGUGCCUGGAACUUCAUCAGUGAAAAAUUCAGUGGAAUGGGCAUAUGAUAAAUCUUCUGGUUACUACUUCAAUGAAUCUACAAAAUAUUAUUAUGAUCCGAACUCUGGCCUUUACUACAGUGAUGCAAUAGGGAAAUGGGUCACCCAGGAAGCAGCUUGUGUUUCAUCUCAACUAGCAAGAACAGAGGUUGGUGCUGGUAAUUCUCUGUUAUCUGAUGAAGGUGGAGUUGCUACAUCUAAAGCUAGUACAAACACAAAAGAAAGCAGCAUUAAAGGGAAGAUUAACAGUGGUCCUCCACCAGGGCCAGUGCUUCCAGUCUCUAAGGUAUUCUCAAGUUCCACUAAGGCAGCUACAUCUUCAAUCCAGGUUACCAAAAGGAAGAGGGAAGAGAAGACUGGUCGUGUAUCAAGUGAAGAAGCUGCAGCUAUUGCUGCCAGAGAAGCUGCAAGAAAAAGACAGGAAGAAAGGGAGAAGUCAUUGUUAGGCCUAUACAAGUCAUAUUGAUGCAUAUAUUGAGUUUCAGGGUUAUAAAUCCUUGUGUAUUUUUGAUUCCCAAUUGUGUUAGGUACAAGAUAACUUCAGGUUGGCAUCAUUAAAAUUUGCAAUAUUACCAGAAAUAGUGGUGCUAUCGUUUUUUCUCAUUGUCUACUUGUUCAAAGAAGCUACAACAUAUUUGCUGAAUGCUGCUAAGACGUUGAGGGAAUAGCCUUGUUGAACUCUUGAGAAACACACUGUAUCUCUGCUGCAUACAUAAGGUACAUCAUAAGUCUCACUAAAGGAUAUAAAUGAUGAAAUGGCCAAGGAGAUGACAUCCAUUGAUCUCCUAUUCUCUA